AUGUUGUCAAGACGGCUCAUUCGCCUAGCAAACCUGGGGCACUUCCCCAGAGCGCGUUACCAGUAUAACCUACCUGCCAUGCUCUUUCAAGCUCGCAAAUACACGGCAGCCAUCACCGUAAAGGUGCCGCAAAUGGCGGAGUCGAUCUCAGAGGGCACCUUGAAACAAUUCACGAAGCAGGUUGGGGAGUAUGUUGAGCAGGACGAGGAGAUUGCUACGAUUGAGACCGAUAAAAUCGAUGUGGCUGUUAACGCCCCGGAGGCUGGCACGAUCAAAGAACUGCUAGUGAAUGAGGAAGAUACGGACAACCAAACUGGGGCCAUCCCGAGCAAGGAACCUUCUAGCGGCGCUCUCGGGUCCCGCGAGGAGCGGAGGGUUAAAAUGAACCGAAUGAGACUACGCAUUGCGGAGAGGCUAAAGCAAUCCCAAAACACCGCGGCAUCUCUGACCACCUUCAAUGAAGUGGACAUGAGCUCUCUAAUGGAAUUGCGCAAGCUGUACAAAGACGAUGUUCUCAAGCGCACUGGCAUUAAACUUGGCUUCAUGGGUGCCUUCGCUCGUGCUUGUGUGCUGGCGAUGCGAGAUGUCCCAGCCGUGAAUGCGUCCAUUGAAGGCCCGAAUGGGGGUGACACGAUUGUCUAUAGAGACUACGUUGAUAUUAGUGUCGCCGUCGCUACAGAAAAGGGGUUGGUUACACCGGUAGUACGCAACACGGAAGGCAUGGAUAUUGUCGCCAUCGAACAAUCAAUCUCAGAGAUGGGGAAAAAGGCCCGGGAUGGUAAGCUUACGAUUGAGGAUAUGGCAGGGGGACUUUCACAAUUAGCAACGGAGGUGUGUUUGGAUCCUUGA